GCACUUCCGGUCGGCAUUUUGUUCUGAGAGGGAGCGAGAGCGACGCACGGGAGCCUUCCUCCCCCCCUUCCUCCUCCUCCUCCUCCUCCCCCCGCCCCCCCGCCCGGUACCGACUCGCCGUGCCCCGGCCGCCCCCCCCCUUGCUCCCCCGCCCGCCUCCCGCAGUCGCGCACCGAGGGAGCGGCGGCGGCGGCCCCCGGCAGCGCUGCCCCCCCCCCCUCCUUCUCCCGGCCGCCCCCCCCCGGCCCCGGGGCGCCUCUCGGAACCGGUUCGGCCCGGCCCGUGCCCAUGUUGUGAGGCGGGCGCAGGGGGACGGGAUCCUCGCCGGCCGCUCACCCCCCCCCCCGGCUCUACAUGUUCGCUGCACCGAGGAGGAGACGGAAGAGGAGCCAGCCCCCCUCCCGGCCCGGAUUAUUGUUGUUAUAUUAUCUCCCCUCCUCCUCCUGCUCCGCGGCGGCGGCGGCGGCCCAGCAGCGGCGGCUCCUCUGAGGAGGGAGGGGGGCGGAUUGCUCGCCCCCUCUCCCGGAUCCCCGUAGGAUUCAGACGCCGAUUUGCUCAGUGCUUGGGAGAUGGGAAGUAAUGAUAGCUGGCACCUGAACUAAAAUAUCUGUGUAGGCACUACCAUCCCAGAACUUCAGGAUGAAUGGGGAUAUGCCUCAUGUUCCCAUCACUACUCUUGCAGGGAUUGCUAGUCUUACAGACCUUUUGAACCAGCUGCCUCUUCCAUCACCUUUACCUGCUACAACAACAAAAAGCCUACUCUUCAAUGGACGGAUAGCUGAAGAGGUGAACUGCCUUCUGGCUUGCAGGGAUGAAAAUCUGGUUUCACAGCUUGUCCACAGUCUCAAUCAGGUGUCAACAGAUCACAUAGAAUUGAAAGAUAACCUUGGCAGCGAUGAUCCAGAAGGAGAUAUACCAGUCUUGCUGCAGGCCAUUCUGGCAAGGAAUCCUAAUGUUUUCAGGGAGAAAAGCAUGCAAAACAGAUAUGGGGUACAAAGUGGGAUUAUGAUGUCGCAGUUUAGUAUUUCUCAGAAUUCCAUGCGUGGUAGUCCUGCAUCUUCCAAUUAUCAACAAACCACUAUCUCACAUAGUCCUUCCAGCCGGUUUGUGCCACCACAGACAAGCUCUGGUAACAGAUUUUUGGCACAACAGAACAGUCCAGUGCCUAGUCCAUAUGCUCCUCAAAGUCCUGCAGGAUACAUGCCAUAUUCACAUCCUCCAACUUAUACACCACAUCCUCAGUUGCAGCAAGCCUCAGUGUCCAGUCCCAUUGUCACAGCUGGGAUGAGGAAUCUCCAUGAAAAUAAAGUUUCAAGUCAGUUGUCUGGAAAUUCAGCUAAUCAUCAUGCUGAUAAUUCUAGACAUGGCUCAAAUGAAGACUACCUACAGAUGGUGCACAGACUAAGCAGUGAUGAUGGCGAUCCUUCAAUAAGGAAUGCUGCAUCUUUUUCCUUGAGGUCACCACAGUCAGUCUGCUCUCCAGCUGGAAGUGAUGGAACCCCUAAAGGAUCAAGACCACCUUUAAUCCUACAAUCUCAACCUCCACCUUAUUCAUCACCUAGAGAUGUUCCCCCAGACAUAUUGUUAGAUUCUCCAGAAAGAAAGCAAAAGAAACAAAAGAAAAUGAAGUUAGGCAAGGAUGAAAAAGACCAGACUGAAAAAGCUGCAAUGUAUGAUAUCAUUAGUUCUCCUUCCAAGGACUCCACUAAGCUUACAUUAAGACUCUCUCGUGUAAGAUCUUCGGAUAUGGACCAGCAGGAUGAUAUGCUUUCUGGUUUGGAAAACAGCAGUGUGUCAGAGGGUGAUAUUCCUUUUAAUGUGCAGUACCCAGGACAGACUUCCAAAACACCCGUUACUCCACAGGAUGUUAACCGCCCACUAAACGCUGCUCAGUGUUUGCCGCAGCAUGAACAGACAGCUUUCCUUCAGGCACAACAAGUGCCUGUUUUACAACAGAACACUUCAGUUGCUGCAAAACAACCUCAAACUCCUGUGGUACAGACACAGCAACAGGUUUCGCAACACGGAACUAUAACGUCAUAUGAUGAAGUAGAAUUGGAUGCAUUGGCUGAAAUUGAGCGGAUAGAACGGGAAUCAGCUAUUGAAAGGGAGCGAUUUUCAAAAGAAGUGCAAGAUAAAGAUAAACCUCUGAAAAAGCGAAAACAAGAAAAUAAACCACAGGAGGCUGGGGGUGCUACUGGAGGAAGUAGACCAGCUUCUCAGGAGACAGGUUCUGCAGGAAAUGGGGCCAGGCCAGCGUUGAUGGUUAGUAUUGAUCUUCAGCAAGCAGGAAGAGCGGACUCUCAGGCAACAGUAACUCAGGAUUUGGAGGCCAUCAAAAAGCCUGAAGAAAUUAAGCAGUAUAAUGAUGGGUUUGUGUGUGUUACCCAAGAAGAUGCUGCUGGAGUUCUUAAACUUAAACCUGAAAACCAUCCGGAGAUCUUUAGGAAAAAGACAGACUUUGAGGGUCAAAAGGCAGAUAUCCAGCAAAAUGAAAACAGACAAAUGGAAUUUCAGCAAAAUGAGAGCAGAAGGUUGGAAAGUAAACACAAUGAGAACAAACAAGUAGAAGUUAAAAAUGAAAGCAAACAUGAAAGACAAUUGGAGCUGAAACAAAAUGAUAACAGACAGACAGAGGCAAAACAAAAUGAGAGCAGGCAAAUGGAGGUGAAACAAAAUGAGGGAAAACAAAAUAACGGCAAACAGGAAAUACGACAGAGGCCUGAAACGCCAAAACAACAGAAGAGUGAAGGCAGGCCUGAAACGCCAAAACAACAGAAGAGUGAAGGCAGGCCUGAAACGCCAAAACAACAGAAGAGUGAAGGCAGGCCCGAAACGCCAAAACAUAGACAUGAUAAUAGGAGGGACUCCAGUAAACCAUUGUCAGAUAAGAAAAUUGAAAUAUCCAGGCAUAAGCCUGAUGUGAAAUCUGAUCCUUCAAGGAUAAAAUCUGAAAGUAGACCAGAUCCAGCAAAACAAAGGCCUGAUGGGCGUUCGGUUUCUGAUACACCAAGGCGUGACUAUGAUAGCCUAAAACAAAAGUCUGAGGACAGGGGUGAGUCAGAGAAAUUCAGAGGAGAUCCAUCCAAGGUUAGAAGGCCUGAGUAUUUGAGAUCCUCAAACAAAAAUGAGCAUGAUUCUAAGCAUGGUAUUAAAUCUGAUGGUUCAAAAACUGAGAAAUUUGAAAGGAAACUUAGACAUGAGUCUGGUGAAUCAAGGGAAAGGCUUUCUUCUGGGGAUCAGAAAUCAAGGCCUGACAGCCCUCGUAUUAAACAGGAAGGUAAAGGAGAUUCUAGUAAAUCAAGACCUGAUAAACCUGGUUUUAAAUCACCUAACAGCAAGGAUGAACGAAGGACAGAUGGUAAUAAGAGUAAAGUAGAUAGUAAUAAAGCACCUGCUGACAAUAAAGCAGAGUUUCCCAGUUAUUUGUUGGGGGCAAGAUCUGGCGCAUUAAAACAUUUUGUCAUUCCAAAAAUCAAGCGUGAUAAAGAUGGCAAUGUCACUCAGGAGUCAAGGAAAACUGAAUUUAAAGGUGAACAUAAGGACAAAGUAGAGAAGAUUGGGCUAGUUGAAGAUCUAAAUAAAGGAGCUAAGCCUGUAGUUGUCCUUCAGAAGCUUUCUUUGGAUGAUGUGCAGAAAUUUAUUAAGGAUAGAGAAGAUAAAUCAAGGGGCUCUUGUUUUAAACCUAACAAGAACAAGUCAUCCAAAUCUAAUAAAGGUAGCAUAGAUCAGUCAGUGUUAAAGGAGUUGCCUCCUGAGCUCCUGGCAGAAAUUGAAUCCACCAUGCCACUUUGUGAACGUGUGAAAAUGAACAAGCGCAAACGUAGCACAGUUAAUGAGAAACCAAAAUACGCUGAAAUCAGUUCUGAUGAAGACAAUGACAGUGAAGGCGCUUUUGAAUCUUCUCGAAAAAGACAUAAAAAGGAUAGAGAUGAAGCUUGGGAGUAUGAAGAACAUGACAGAAGAAGUUCUGGUGACCACAGGAGAAGUGGUCAUUAUCAUGAAGGAAGGAGGACUUCUGGUAGUGGUCGAUACCGUAAUCGCAGUCCCGAUGACUCUGAUAUGGAUGAUUAUUCUCCUCCUCCUAGCCUUAGUGAGGUGGCAAGAAAAAUGAAGAAAAAAGAAAAACAAAAGAAGAGGAAAGCUUAUGAGCCUAAACUAACACCUGAAGAAAUGAUGGAUUCUUCAACUUUCAAAAGGUUCACUGCUUCAAUAGAGAAUAUUUUGGAAAAUCUGGAAGACAUGGAUUUUACAGCUUUUGGUGAUGAUGAUGAGAUUCCACAGGAAUUGCUACUGGGAAAACAUCAGCUUAGUGAGUUGGGUAGUGAAUCUGCAAAAAUCAAGGCAAUGGGCAUUAUGGACAAGCUCUCAACAGAUAAAACAGUAAAGGUCCUGAAUAUUUUGGAGAAGAAUAUUCAAGAUGGAUCAAAGCUUUCUACAUUACUUAACCAUAACAAUGACACUGAAGAUGAGGAGAGAUUAUGGAGAGAUCUUAUUAUGGAAAGAGUGACAAAAUCUGCAGAUGCUUGUCUUACUGCUAUCAAUAUUAUGACGUCACCAAAUAUGCCUAAAGCUGUAUAUAUUGAGGAUGUAAUAGAAAGAGUUAUUCAAUACACAAAAUUUCAUUUGCAGAACACUCUCUAUCCUCAGUAUGACCCUGUAUAUAGAGUGGAUCCUCAUGGUGGUGGUGUUUUAAGUUCAAAAGCAAAGCGUGCCAAGUGUUCCACCCACAAGCAAAGAGUCAUAGUGAUGUUGUAUAACAAAGUUUGUGACAUUGUCAGCAGUUUGUCAGAGUUGCUGGAGAUACAGCUUCUUACUGAUACAACUAUUCUUCAGGUAUCAUCUAUGGGAAUAACACCUUUCUUUGUAGAAAAUGUCAGUGAGCUACAGUUAUGUGCCAUCAAAUUAGUGACCGCAGUGUUCUCCAGGUAUGAAAAACACAGACAGCUAAUACUAGAAGAAAUUUUCACUUCCCUUGCAAGACUACCAACUAGCAAGAGGAGUUUGAGAAACUUCAGGUUAAAUAGCAGUGACACUGAUGGAGAGCCCAUGUAUAUUCAGAUGGUAACGGCACUAGUUCUGCAGCUUAUUCAAUGUGUUGUGCACUUACCAUCUGCAGAAAAAGAUUCUAAUUCAGAGGAGGAAUCGAACAAAAAAGUGGAUCAAGAUGUGCUUAUUACUAACUCAUAUGAAACAGCCAUGAGAACAGCACAAAACUUCCUUUCUAUUUUCCUUAAGAAGUGUGGCAGUAAACAAGGGGAAGAAGAUUAUAGGCCUCUGUUUGAGAACUUCAUUCAAGAUCUUCUUUCCACAGUCAAUAAACCAGAAUGGCCAGCUGCAGAGUUGCUACUUAGCUUGUUAGGAAGGCUAUUGGUUCACCAGUUCAGUAACAAAUCAACAGAAAUGGCUUUAAGAGUUGCAUCGCUUGACUAUCUUGGAACUGUAGCUGCAAGAUUGAGGAAAGAUGCAGUCACUAGCAAAAUGGAUCAAGGAUCUAUAGCCAGAAUCCUCAAACAGGUUUCAGGAGGAGGAGAUGAAAUUCAACAGCUACAAAAGGCUUUGCUGGAUUAUCUGGAUGAGAACACAGAAACUGAUGCAUCACUAGUGUUUUCUCGGAAGUUUUAUAUAGCUCAGUGGUUCCGUGAUACAACUAUGGAGACAGAGAAAGCAAUUAAAUCACAGAAAGAUGAGGAUUCAUCUGAAGGAACUCAUCAUGCAAAAGAUGUUGAGACCACAGGACAAAUCAUGCAUAGAGCAGAAAGUCGCAAAAAGUUUCUUCGCAGCAUCAUUAAAACUGCUCCGUUUCAGUUCAGUACAUUAAAGAUGAAUUCUGAUACCGUGGACUAUGAAGAUGCAUGUUUGAUUGUUCGCUACUUGGCCUCUAUGAGGCCGUUUGCCCAGAGCUUCGAUAUUUAUUUGACACAGAUUCUGCGUGUACUUGGUGAAAAUGCAAUUGCUGUUCGAACAAAAGCCAUGAAGUGUUUGUCUGAGGUUGUUGCUGUAGACCCCAGUAUUCUUGCCAGGCUGGAUAUGCAACGAGGUGUUCAUGGACGGUUAAUGGAUAACUCUACUAGUGUACGAGAAGCAGCUGUGGAGCUGCUUGGCCGAUUUGUGCUCUGUCGUCCUCAGCUUGCUGAGCAGUAUUAUGACAUGCUGAUUGAAAGAAUAUUGGAUACAGGUAUCAGUGUCAGAAAAAGAGUCAUAAAGAUACUUAGGGAUAUCUGCAUUGAACAACCAACAUUUCCCAAAAUUACAGAGAUGUGUGUGAAAAUGAUUCGAAGAGUCAAUGAUGAAGAAGGCAUUAAGAAAUUAGUAAAUGAGACAUUCCAGAAGCUCUGGUUUACUCCAACUCCACACCAUGACAAAGAAGCAAUGACCAGGAAAAUACUAAACAUCACUGAUGUGGUUGCAGCUUGUAGAGAUACAGGGUAUGAUUGGUUUGAACAGCUUCUUCAAAAUCUUUUGAAGUCAGAAGAGGAUGCCUCAUAUAAACCUGUGAAGAAAGCCUGUACUCAGCUUGUUGACAAUUUGGUUGAGCACAUCCUUAAAUAUGAGGAAUCUUUAUCAGAUUCUGACAACAAAGGCGUGAAUUCUGGUCGCUUGGUUGCUUGCAUAACCACUUUGUUCUUAUUCAGCAAAAUCAGGCCCCAGCUAAUGGUCAAACAUGCCAUGACCAUGCAGCCAUACCUCACCACUAAAUGUAGUACUCAGAAUGAUUUCAUGGUGAUCUGCAAUGUUGCAAAAAUCUUAGAGCUUGUAGUGCCACUAAUGGAGCACCCAAGUGAGACCUUCCUUGCCACUAUUGAGGAAGACCUCAUGAAACUCAUCAUCAAAUAUGGCAUGACGGUUGUACAGCAUUGUGUGAGCUGUCUUGGGGCUGUUGUGAACAAGGUCACCCAGAAUUAUAAGUUUGUGUGGGCCUGUUUUAAUAGAUACUACGGUGCGCUUUCAAAAUUAAAAAGUCAACAUCAAGAAGACCCCAACAGUACAAUACUUACUGCCAAUAAACCAGCACUCCUUAGGUCACUUUUCACUGUUGGUGCACUGUGUCGGCAUUUUGAUUUUGAUCAGGAAGAUUUUAAGGGCAACAGUAAGGUUAACAUUAAGGAUAAAGUACUUGAACUGCUGAUGUAUUUUACAAAGCAUUCAGAUGAAGAAGUACAGACGAAAGCCAUUAUUGGCCUGGGAUUUGCAUUUAUACAACACCCGAGCUUAAUGUUUGAACAGGAAGUAAAGACUCUGUACAACAGCAUUCUUUCAGAUAAGAACUGUUCAGUAAACUUAAAAAUCCAGGUGUUAAAAAACCUCCAGACCUACUUGCAGGAGGAGGAUACACGUAUGCAGCAGGCAGACAGAGACUGGAAAAAAGUAGCAAAACAGGAAGACCUGAAAGAAAUGGGUGAUAUUUCUUCGGGGAUGAGUAGUUCCAUCAUGCAGCUGUAUCUCAAACAGGUCCUUGAGGCUUUCUUUCAUACCCAGUCCAAUGUACGCCACUUUGCUCUAAAUGUCAUUGCACUGACAUUAAACCAGGGUCUCAUCCAUCCUGUUCAGUGUGUGCCAUACUUAAUUGCUAUGGGCACAGAUCCAGAGCCCUCUAUGCGAAACAAAGCCGACCAGCAGUUGGUGGAAAUAGACAAAAAAUAUGCCGGGUUCAUUCACAUGAAAGCAGUGGCUGGUAUGAAGAUGUCUUACCAGGUACAACAGGCAAUCAAUACCUGUCCAAAGGAUCCUGUAAGAGGUUUUAGACAUGAUGAAUCAUCCAGUGCGUUGUGCUCACACCUCUACUCAAUGAUUCGGGGGAACCGUCAACACAGACGAGCAUUUCUAAUUUCUUUACUCAACCUCUUUGAUGAUACUGCAAAAACAGAGGUGAAUAUGCUCUUGUACAUAGCAGACAAUCUAGCCUGUUUUCCUUAUCAAACACAAGAAGAGCCACUGUUUAUAAUGCAUCAUAUAGAUAUUACACUAUCAGUUUCUGGUAGCAACCUACUACAGUCAUUUAAAGAGUCUAUGGUGAAAGACAAAAAAAAGGAAAGAAAGCCUUCAUCAGAUGAGGAGACUGAGAGUGACAGUAACAGUGGUAGUGAGAGCGAAAGUGAAGAGGAAGCUUCUAAGCCUCGGAGGUUACGGAAACGAGUAGACUCUGAUUCAGAUUCUGAUGAAGAAAAUGAUAUAAAUGCUGUGAUGAAAUGUUUACCAGAAAAUUCAGCUCCUUUAAUUGAAUUUGCAAAUGUCUCCCAAGGCAUAUUACUACUUUUGAUGCUGAAACAGCAUUUAAAGAACCUCUGUGGAUUCUCUGACAGUAAAAUUCAGAAAUAUUCUCCAUCUGAAUCUGCAAAAGUUUAUGAUAAAACUAUAAACAGGAAGACAGGAGUGCACUUCCAUCCAAAACAAACUCUGGAUUUUCUGCGGAGCGAUAUGGCUAAUUCCAAGAUCACUGAAGAAGUGAAGAGGAGUAUAGUAAAACAGUACUUAGAUUUCAAGCUCCUUAUGGAACAUUUGGAUCCUGAUGAAGAAGAAGAAGAUGGAGAGGUGUCAGCUAGCACAAACGCUCGGAACAAAGCAAUUACCUCGCUGCUUGGAGGAGGCAGCCCUAAAAACAAUGCAGCUGAGACAGAGGACGAUGAAAGUGAUGGGGAGGAUAGAGGAGGAGGCACUUCAGGGUCAUUGAGAAGGUCAAAACGAAAUUCAGACUCUACGGAGUUGGCUUCACAGAUGAAUGAAAGUGUUGAUGUCAUGGAUGUCAUCGCUAUUUGCUGUCCAAAGUACAAAGACCGACCACAAAUUGCAAGAGUAGUACAGAAAACCAGCAAUGGCUUCAGUGUUCAGUGGAUGGCAGGCUCCUACAGUGGCUCCUGGACUGAGGCUAAGCGCCGUGAUGGCCGCAAACUGGUGCCUUGGGUAGACACUAUUAAAGAGUCAGACAUUAUUUACAAAAAAAUUGCUCUAACGAGUGCUAAUAAGCUGACUAAUAAAGUUGUUCAGACUUUACGAUCGCUGUAUGCCGCCAAGGAUGGAACUUCCAGCUAAUGAAUUUGUACAUGCAGCCAAAUUUACAGGAAUUGAAAUAACAGAAAAACUUGAAAUAUCAACUUUCUGGCAAAAAAAAAAAAAAAAAAAAAAAAAUCAGUUAAAUGAAGAGUAAGAAUGGAACCUGGGACACAGGAAAAAAAGAAGGAAAUGUUUGGUAAACAUUUUUGUGGGAGCUUCCUUCGCUGUUGUGCAGCAGAAACUUCUCAGUUCAUUUUUACUCCCACUGUAUAAUAGUUUAACAAAAAAUUGUUUAUAUCUUGAAAAAAAACUUUCUGUUUAAAAAAAAUAAACAAGUGAAUGUUGGAAAUUAGUCUGUUAAUGUUCUUAAUAAAGUGUUCUUGGAGUUUAACCUAGCAGCGGAUGGCUUUCUUUAGCUUAGCCCAGUUUCCAGGGAAGCAUUGUUUUUCCAGGCUGUAAAAUGGCAGAAUCUCCUGGAUAUAUAAUUUAUUCUGUUGAAGAAAAAAGAGGAAAAAAAAAAAAAAAAAG